AUGCAUUAUAAAUCACAAUCUUUGAGUUCUGCGUACAUUAAGAGCCCCGAGGAUGAAAACAUGGCACCUAUAGCUAGUAUGAAACAUAGGAAUGGGUCCAUUAGUCAUAUGCCAUCCACACAUCCAAGGAUCGCACUUAGCGACGUCACCAACAUAGUUGCAACCAACUCUAAUAAUAAUAGCAUAAGCAAGCCCAAAGCCGCUCCAGUAAGAGAAAGAUCGGACUCGGUUGUUAUACUCGAGGAAGAAAGGCCUACUACAGGUGCUGCUACACAACGAAAAGAAGCAGAUCAUAACGAUUUGUUGACGGGGAGAGAGCAGGAGCAAACCAUUGAUGAAGACGACGAAGAAAGCGAAGACGAUGAAGGAGAAGAACGAGAACCUCUGCUGCUGGAACAUUAUGCCGGCGACACGGUGGUAUGGGAGCAUGCAUUUAGGACCUAUUAUAGGACCGCAUUAGACCCAAACGAUGAUGACGUGUACGAUGUAGUCAUGGUCGCUGAACUGUCUAAUGAGAUAUUCGAGUAUAUGAGAAAACUAGAAGAAUUAUACAAGCCCGAUCCGUACUACAUGGAUAAGCAACCAGAAUUAAGGUGGUCAUUUAGAAGCACACUGAUUGAUUGGAUCGUUCAAGUCCAUGAAAAGUUUCAACUUUUACCUGAAACGCUAUAUCUCUGCAUCAAUAUAAUAGACAGAUAUCUGUGCAAAGAAUUUGUUCCUGUGAACAAAUUCCAGCUUGUAGGGGCAGCUUCACUUUUCAUUGCCGCCAAAUAUGAAGAAAUCAACUGUCCCACAAUUAAAGAUUUUGUGUACAUGUCAGAAAACUGCUACUCAAGAGAGAACUUAUUGGAUGCAGAAAGAACUAUAUUGAAUGCUUUAAAAUUUGAGUUGGGUUGGCCAGGCCCAAUGUCUUUUUUGCGAAGAAUCAGUAAAGCUGAUGACUACGAGCAUGAUACAAGGACAUUAGCUAAAUAUUUGCUGGAAUCUACAAUAAUGGACAAUCGACUGGUUUCCGCUCAACCCAGUUGGUUAGCUGCUGGGGCCUAUUUUUUAAGUAAGGUGAUUUUGGGACAAAAUCAAUGGUCCUUGGCACAUGUCUAUUAUUCUAAUUAUACACAAGAACAAGUCCUUCCAUUGGCAACCAUUAUUUUAGAGAAUUGCAGAUAUGCUUCUAGACGUCAUAGUGCUAUAUGGAGAAAGUAUUCUUCGCGUCGUUAUUUGCAUUCUUCACAGGUUGUAGCGAAAUGGAUAGCUUUAGCUGAGCACAGAGUAGAGCGAUCUAGCUAA